AUGCAUAUCUAUCGACGCCAGGCCCGCAACUUGGCAUGGUACGACGAGGAUGGCGAGCAGCCCUCCAAGAAUCCAUUCAAGAAGUUCCGGAGACGCCCUCAGCGCGCCCAGUCUUACCCACUGGAAACCCGGGGAGAAAAUGGCAUUAGUCAUGCUAGCACGUUCCCUCCUGGAACAGGCAACAGUGAUCAAUACACAGCGGCGAGUGGCGAUGCUAAUGGCUUAGAGCCAUCAGACGCCAGCCAACACCCGAUUAAUGUAUCCACAGAUCGGGGUCUGGACUUUGAGCCUGAUCUGGAAACUGGCAAAACCAGACAGCGAAAGGGUAUUUUGGGCAAAUUUGGGCGCCAUGACUCUGCGCAAAAUGGAGAAGGCCUCGAGGAGGACGUGAAGGAUUCCGAUGGGCCGAACUUCACAGUCGCGUCGCAGUUGAGAGCUACUAUCUUGAAUUCUUGGAUUAACGUACUCAUACUUGCUGCGCCGGCUGGAAUUGCGUUGCAUGCUGUCGAUGCUAAUCCAAUUGCUAUCUUCGUGGUUAACUUCAUUGCUAUUAUUCCCUUGGCUGCUAUGCUAAGUUUUGCAACCGAGGAGAUAGCUCUGCGAACUGGAGAAACAAUUGGUGGUCUUUUGAACGCUUCGUUUGGUAAUGCGGUGGAAUUGAUUGUUGGUAUCAUUGCCCUGGUCAAGAAGGAGAUUGUUAUUGUCCAGACUUCUCUCAUUGGAAGUAUGCUGUCCAACCUGCUUCUUGUUAUGGGAAUGUGUUUCUUCUUCGGUGGUAUCAACCGUGUGGAACAACAUUUCAACGUCACCGUUGCACAGACAGCGGCCAGUCUGCUGGCCCUGGCUGUUAGCAGUCUGAUCAUUCCUACUGCCUUCCACAACUGGUCUGACGGAAACAAGGACAAGACUGCGCCUAUCUCAAGAGGCACCAGUAUUCUCCUCCUGAUCGUCUACGCUUGCUACCUCUUCUUCCAACUCAAGUCCCACGCCGAGAUGUACAACCGCCCCAGUCCUAAAGUUGAAAAACGGCGCCAGCAUAUUACACAGGGAGACACGACCCGCAACAUCGCUCAAAUCGGCAGAAUGUCAGCUGGUACAAUGGGUGGUGGACAGACAGAGCAAAUUGAAAUGCAAAAUCCAGAUGACGAGCCCGAAGAGCCUCAGCUCAUGCUCUGGGUCGCUUUCCUUACGCUUGCUAUCGCCACUACUCUCGUUGCCGUGUGUGCGGAAUUCAUGGUCGACUCCAUUAGUGCCCUCACUGCUACUGGUAAUAUCAGCGAAACCUUCGUUGGUCUGAUUCUCCUGCCUAUUGUUGGUAACGCCGCGGAACACGCUACUGCUGUUACUGUUGCAUGCAAGGAUAAAAUGGAUCUUGCCAUCGGUGUGGCUGUUGGAUCUAGCAUGCAAAUUGCGCUGCUCGUCCUGCCCCUUAUCAUUGUUAUUGGAUGGAUCAUGGGUCUUGAGAACAUGACUCUUAACUUCGAUGGAUUCCAAGUCAUCUUGCUCUUCGUGUCUGUCCUUCUGGUGAACUAUCUCAUCGGUGAUGGAAAAUCCCACUGGUUGGAGGGUGUCCUGCUUAUGAUGAUGUAUCUUAUUAUCGCCCUUGCUGCCUGGUUCUUCUGA